AUGACUGUACAAGUAGCUAUUGCCCCGCCAACAACAUUAGGAACAAUCAAUGAUUCUAAAGAUUCAGAAGAAGAAUUUAAAAAUGUUUUUUUGAAUGUAAACAACGUCGAUUUUGGAGAAGGUUCUCUUUAUUUUUAUUCUGAUCAUAUCAUUUGGAUUUCUUAUGAGAAGCCUGAUACACUCAACAUUACGUCAAAUUAUUAUAAUGUGAUACUGCAUGCUAUAUGUAAGGAUGAAGAGCAUCCUGGUCGAUCCUCUUUGUAUUGCCAAUUCGAUGUUGAAUUUGACUUGGUGGCUGCUUUAAAUGGACAAUCUACACAAGAAUCGGAUAAUGAAUCUCUGUCGAGUCAAUCACAAAACACUUUUGCGGAAGUUCGAUUUAUACCUUCAAGCGAAGAAAUUGUUGGUAUUCUCUUUAAAAAAUUUUGUACGAUGUCAAGUUUAAAUCCCGAUAUUGAACAAGAGACUUCUGGAGAUUACACUGCUUUAGACAAUCAUAAUCGUUGGUAUGAUCAACAGUAUGAAAUCAACAGCGACGAAUUUUAUGCUACAAGCUCAGAUGAAGAUGACGGGAAAGGAGAGACUUAAAAUCGUUAAAACAAUUACUUAAUUGUUAGUUUCUUACAUUCGUGUAUUGUUUGUUAUUUCAAAGGAACAUUUACAUUUAUUGCCCAUUUUUAAAACAUUUUAUUCUUCAAAUUUAAUAAUGUAACUUACAAUUUUCUUAUAGCACAUUUUCGUAUA